GGAAACUUCACGACAAAAUAUCCACAAACCUCGACACCACGACAACCGUCAAGAUGCCGGUAAGUUUUGAUUUCCUACGAGCUGUUUGAUCAGGAUAGGAAGGGCGAAGAAUUCGCAUUCCCCACGUUGGUAGAGACGAGCUGGGGACGAGUCGCGAUGCGGCGAACAUGGAGAUCCACGAGCAGUAUACUGACGAGAUAAUCGCAAUCCAGAGCCACAAGUCCUUCCGCACAAAGGUUAAGCUCGCCAGAGCCCAAAAGCAAAACAGACCAAUUCCACAAUGGAUUCGAUUGAGAACUGGUAACACCAUCAGGUACCGAUCUCCCCCUCCUACCAAAUACCCCUCCCUCCUCAACCCACACGAUACAUAGACCAUCAAGAAUUGGCACAUGAGCAAAGGCAACAGACUAACAUCAAAAUCACAGAUACAACGCAAAGAGGAGACAUUGGCGUAAGACUCGUAUCGGUAUCUGAACGGACAAUCUCAGACACAACCUCACUGCAUUAUUCGACCACAUCCUUCGAUAUUUUCCCUCUUUCAUGUUCUCCCGCCUCGACCAUUCAAUUUUCGCAAUCUCAAAAUACCAAAACGGCUGGAUGGAGUGAUGGACUUUCGAUUUGAGCAGUGGGUUGGGGGAUGGGACUG